CCGGGAUUACACGUCAGCAGUCACCGUCGGGUGUGGGUUCCGGGUCUUCAUCCAUUUUCCGGGUUGGUCUGGAAACUCUGGAGUCUGGACUUAAUAUACGACCCAUUUACCAUUGUGGAUAUGGGCCAUUUCGUUUCAGUUGAGAUUUAGAUUUUAGGUGAUGAAAAUGAGGGACCUUGUUGUUUCUCUCUUGGAAUCUGGAGGACGAUGGCAAGUUUCGCCGGUUUAUUGUCUUCUCCAGUCUUGGUUCGCUGCUGCUUUUCCCGUCGUCGUUCUAUUUUUUCUACCGUCGAAAUCAAGGGAGUUUUGAACCGGAGAGUGUCUGUGUUUCCUGUUAAGUGCUCCUCGUGGAGGCCGAGUCAAGAUGCUGACUCGGAAGCAGAAACGACUUCUUCGUCUUCAAUUUCGUUGUCCAGUUCGACGUACAAGUGGUGUGCAGGGAUUGGAGCUGUUGGGUUCCUUGAAACUGCCUACUUAACUUACCUCAAGCUCAGCAAUUCCGAUGUGUUUUGCCCUGUUGGUGGUGGGAGUUGUGGAGAUGUCCUCAACAGUGAUAAUGCAGCUGUUUUUGGUGUUCCUCUUCCACUGAUUGGAUUGGUGUCAUAUGGAUUUGUUAUGACACUUAGUCUGCAGUUAAACGCAAAGACCUUACCUUUUGGGCUCAGUGAAACAUAUGGUCGGCUGGCGAUAUUGGGGAGCACUACCUCCAUGGCAGCUGCCAGUGCAUAUUUUUUGUACAUACUAAGCACAAAGUUUGCUGGAACAUCAUGUUCUUACUGUCUAGUGUCAGCUCUGUUGUCAUUCAGUCUAUUUUUCAUCAGUGCAAAGGAUGUUGGGUUGCAGGAGAUACAAAGGGUGGUGGGUUUAGAGAUAUGCAUAGCCACCUUGGUGAUUCUUACACUAAACACUGCCUACAGUACUUCUCAAACUGUCCCCUCUAGGUGACUGAACUAGCAUGGUUUAUGGUAUCCUUUUUUGGCUGUUUAAGUGAUAGCAAUUUCUUUACAAAAUUCAAACUAAAGUUUCUUGUUUAGAUAUGUUUCUGAUUACACAGCUGUUAUCCAAACAGAAACAUCUUUUGGCAUAUUUGAUCAGAAAUAUUUUUAUUCUUUUAGUGUACCUUCUAAUGCAUCUUAUGUUAUGGCAACCACUUUUAUGGACUUUGUAAGCCAAGCCAACCCAAUUCAGCUGGCAUCACAAUCAGGGUCUUUCUUCUUGACUAGAAGCUUCUUUUGCAUCCUUAAAGACUUCAUUUGAAAUAGGCUUAGUUAUUGUUAUCUCUAGUUUUGUUCUUGUAACAUACAUUUGUAGUUACUUCUCUCUCGUUAUUCUUGACUUUGCAGCCCGGCUGAAUUUGAACUUCCAUUUUUCACAACUGAGAUAACAACAACAUCAAGUCCCUCUGCAUUAUCUCUUGCAAGACAUCUACACUCUAUUGGAGCUAAGAUGUAUGGGGCCUUCUGGUGUUCUCACUGUUUAGAACAAAAACAGAUAUUUGGAAGUGAGGCAUCAAAGCUGUUAGAUUACGUGGAAUGCUUCCCCAACGGAUAUAAGAAAGGAACAAAGAUAGCCAGGGCAUGUGCAGAUGCUGGAAUAGAAGGUUUCCCCACCUGGGUGAUCAAUGGGCAGGUUUUGAGUGGAGAACAAGAAUUGACAGAUCUGGCAGAAGCAUCCGGAUUCAAGUUUAAUGAAUAGGGUCGAUCGAUCCAUUGUUUUGCCAUUGUAGUACUUGUACAGCUUAUAGAUAAACCCCAAUUCUCUUAAGGUUUAUUGAGUAAAUUUUGUCAUUUUACAAAAUUGCUAUUUUUAAGUGAAGAAAUUGAUGUUUUACCAUAUGACCUGUAUAGAGAAAAGAAAUCAGUGUUUAUAAG